GAAACAUUUCAGUGGUGAGUUUCAGCAGUAUGAAAAUUGAAGACAUUUUUUUAGCAUGUCCCUGUUACAUUUAUGCAAUGAUUUGCGAUGCAUGAGAAUUGUGAUUUGUAUGAGCCAACUUUUAAGAAUUACUCGAAAAUAAAUACAACAUUUUGCUGUGGUACCUGUAAGGGACAUUAAAAAGUGUUGAUGUUAAACAUGUACACGUACUUGCAGGUGCAUUUGCAAUGCCCGAUCACAUUUCCGACAUUAGAAAUGCACACUUCAACUGCGGGUACACGAAACUUUGUUCUGUCUGUGCAAAUACCCUGUAAACAUACUUUUCAACCAGGUGUUAUUUAUAGAUUGAGGAGGCGAAACUGUACAGUUUUAAAUUAAACGAAACAAGCUUAUUUGCUAAAGUUUGAGUAAAUUAAGUUUACAACAGAGGCACAGCCAGCUUGUGUUAACCUACAGUACAUGUCCUUAUCUGUAAUUGCGGGUUCAGGCUUCAAGUGCACCAUCUGAGAUCACCCUGCGCAUGUUGUACAUGCAAAACAAGAAACUCGAGGAACAACUCAAAAAGCAAAACGAGGAGCUCCAAGAGAUAAGACAAAAUAUGCGACAAGGGGAGGUAAAUUCGAGAGGAAAACGUGUUGCUGUUCCUCGUGAAUGCUCGCAAUCUGUGAGGGACGUGUACGGAAAGUUGUACAGAGAUGGGAUUGGAGGAUUCAACCUGGCACAAAUCAAAACUUCCAGAGAAAAUGAAGAGACAAUUUCGACGUUAACCAGAGAAAUCAGAACUCUUCAUGGACGAGAAAAAUGGAGUUCUGCUCAAAUACGAAAAGCUGCCAAAACGUACUUCACGUCGCUUCGUGACAAGCAGCGCCGCAUGGAGCGUGGAACAUACGAUCAGCACGCACUGGCGGCUAAAAGGCGAAGCAGGAAAUUCAGGAAACUACAGAGGCGACAAAGCGCCCUGAAAACAUUACAGGCUUCCCAAGAGCUCAAAAAGGAAGCCCUCGAGGUGUUGACAAUAGACUACAUGUCUUCCGAGGAGAGUAUGUCGGAGGGCGAGGAGGAUCGCUCAUCUGGAUGCAAAACCAGAAGGCUCCUGAAACUGCCGUGGGAGCGGUCAAAGCUGGCAUCACUUAAACAUAAGCUGGAUGCACACUUUGCAAAGACCGCUCCUGCAGUAGUUUCAAGGUUGCUUCCUGAAUUUGUCAUCUCGAAUGUGCCUUCCUCUCGCCCUCCGCCAUCAGGUGCUCCCUCUUGGGCAGUGCGAACCCCGCCAAAUUAGUUAUAGGCCUACAUAUAUUUAAUACCCAUUCCUGUUUUUUUGUCUAUUCAUAAUCGGUAAAUAAAAUAUUAAGGUUGAACUCGAUUUUUAGAGAGAACAUGCAAAGUAAAAGCUUUUGUUGUUUGUUGCUUUAUGUUAAGCUACUUUCGGGUUUAUUGUAUUUUAAAACCAUUCAAAGUUUCUGCACUCCGCCAACCUCAGUUCAAUUUAAAGGAUUUUGGAAAUGAAAAAGCCAAUUGAUUUUGUUUUACACAUUGGAAACACCACUUUAUCGAGAAAAAAGGAUUUAUGAUCAAGGGCAAGUGAGAAAAGAUUUCUUUUUUAUACUGUUGUUAAAUUGGGACUGGAUUUAUAAUUCCCUUGAAUUUGAAUUGAAAGAGUUCUCCCCAAAUUUUCUUUGUGAUUUCUAGUUUCCAUUCUUAUGAAGUUUUCUAAAAAACGAUCAAAACAACACUGGGUGUCCGCUUCGUAUUUUAUUGAUCUUGGUGCACCGUGUUUAAUGUUCGUUUACAUGUAUAUAGCUUUAUUUUGUGUUGUGAAUCACAUGAAAUGUGAGACUAUGUUUUUCAUCUUAAUUAACUCAUACCAUGGGUCUAUUAUGACACAUUCACAAAAAGUGGGCAAGUGGACAAAUAACUCUAAUUUAGGCAUUGCUAAUGCAUGAUAACUUUGUAGAUGUACAAUGUACGUGUACAGUGUACAUUUAUGUGUAAAAGUGGUUGAAUAAUGAAAGUGCACAAAUGCACGUGGUUCCACUGGGUGGUACAGAAACAGCCCGUGGUCGAUCACUGGGAGACAGAACAAGGACAUAUUAACUCCCAAGAGCACUGAGGUGGGACAGCCUGGCCUCAGUUGAAACUGGAGGUCAUCCAGUGGCUUUAACAAAAUUCACCCCCACCACCACACAUACACGCGUACACGGGAUCUUAAGACGCGCGAACAUAAAUAACUACAAAUAAAUUUUAAUAUGAUGCAUUGGUACCAUUGCCAAUGAAUGAAACAAAAUAUACAUGUACCCACAAAGUUAAAAAGACAUUUUUGGAAAAGAUUUUUAUUUAAGUUUGGCUGGUUCACUUGCUUAUGAGAUGAUUGGAUGUAACUGGAUUUGAGAUAAAAUAAAACAUCAGGGGAAAAAGAUGCGUAAA